CACGGCCGCCGCCUCCGCCGCCGCCUCCACGCGAGCUCACCGCGUCGCCCCCGUCUCCUGUCCGCUCUCCGGCGAGGCCGCAAAUAAGGCGCCGACGGCGUCUCCGACAGCCGGACCUUCUCCUUUCACCCAUCCGACCCAGCGCGCGAAGGCGUGCGACGGAGCUCGAUGGACAGCGGCGGAGCUGCCAGCCCCGCCGGCGCUUCCGGCGACGGCACUGGUGGUGGUGGAGGAGGGGAUGCCGUCUUCCGUAGCGACGACGCGCCGAAGCUGCUCUCCGCCCUGAAGGAGAUGAAGGAAGGGCUCGACCUCGUCACGGGCAAGGUCAAGGCGCUCACCCGCAAGGUCAAGAAGAACCAGCUGCCGACGGCCGAUGGGAUUGGGUACCUGGAGGCGAAGCACCACCUGCUGCUGAGCUACUGCCAGGACGUCGUCUACUACCUCCUCCGCAAGGCGAAGGGGCUCUCGGUGGAAGGUCACCCCGUCGUGCGGAGCCUUGUCGAGAUUAGGCUGUUCUUGGAGAAGAUUCGUCCCAUUGACAAGAAGAUGGAGUACCAAAUCCAGAAGCUCACCAAUGCCGCGGAUAGCGGAGCUGCCCAGGAGAAGAUGCCAAAUGCAGAAGCAAAGACUAAGGACCAUCCUAAGGAUGACGAAGACCUGCUGAAGUAUCGGCCAAACCCUGAUAUGAUGGACACUAAGAUUGAUCCUGCAGGACAGGACAAUGAUGGGCUCUAUCGUCCACCGAAAAUCAUGCCCGUUACCAUGGAUGAUGAUGAGGAUAAGCGCCAUAAAAAGGAUUCAAGGAGAGAUAAAGCAUUACUGCGAAUGGCUACAGAAAGUUCUUAUGUCAAAGAAAUUAUUGAUGAUGCUGCUGAUAGACCUGAAGAGUUGAAGGAAACAGCUGGUGAUGAAAGCAGGGAGUUUACGAGGUAUAUCCGGCAGAGAGAGUUGCAGGAGAAACAAGAAGAGGACCUGUUCACUCGUGCUCCAUUGACAAAACGCGAUAAGCAGACAGAGAGGCGGAUGAGGAAACAGCUUCAUGGGCUGCGGGGCCUAACAGAUGGAUUUGACCUUGGAAUGAACAUGCUGGUUGACGAUGACAGUGGCAAGGACGUUGGUUCAAGCGAACCCCAUUUCAAGAGCGGAGGUCGGAGAAAACACCAGAAAGGCAAGAAGAGGAAGAGGAAUUAGUUCCAACGCACAACUGUUUCAUUUUCACAUCACAAUGUCACAAUUCAAAACUGAAAUUUUGAUCUUUGUGAAUUGAACAACAUGAAUGAGUGAUAUGUUCUCGUUUUAUAUUUUUGAGGUGAUGAGUGCUAUGUGGUAGAAAUAGCAGGCUUAGUGCAUCUAUCUGGCAAACUUCUCUUCAGUACUUGAUAAAAAAAGGUCUAUUUCUUCAAUACUUACGGAUUACGAUGAACGUUUUAUGCUUCAGGAGUUCAGAUCAUUUGCUA